GCGUGAGCGUAUAUCAUGGUCGCAGUGAUAAAACAAGGCAUGAGGUGAGAGAAGAAGAAGAAGGGAGAAGGGAGAUGGAAGCUCCAACAGUAACAGGGGUGGCCUCUGCGACAGGGGACGGUGGCCUCUCCGCUCUCUUAUCCACAGAGUUCCUCAUCUGUCCAUCCGGGAAUAAGGUUAAUCCUAAAGACAUAGAAGGAAAGACCAUUGGUUUGUACUUCGCUGCAAAUUGGUUCCAAAAAUGUGUUUCAUUCACCCCAGUUUUGGUCAGUGUUUACCACAAGCUAAUGGAGCAGGAAUUACCAUUUGAAAUUGUGUUUGUGUCGUCUGAUGAGAACCAGUCCUCCUUUGAGCAGUUUUAUAGCUCCAUGCCAUGGCCUGCAGUACCCUUCAGUGAUAUAAACUCCAAGAGAAGUCUGUCUCAUAAAUUCCAAAUUGAAGGCAUUCCAGCACUAAUUAUCCUCAAACCAGGUGGUGGCUUAAUUCAGACAGAAGGAGUGGAGAUCUUGUACCGCUACGGACUUCAGGCUUUCCCUUUUACAUCCGAAAGGAUCGCUGAAUUGGAGGCCGAAGAAAAGAGAAAAUAUGCAUCUCAAACCUUAGAGAAGCUCCUAGCGAUCAGUGGUAAAGACCACAUGAUCAAACGCAAUGACCAGGUAACUUUUUCGAGUUUGGUGGGAAAAACAGUAGGCCUGUACUUCGCAGCUCAAUGGUGCCCUCCAUGUCUGAAAUUUACCUCAAGGCUGAUGUCCAUAUACAAUCACCUCCAAGAAAGAGGCGAAGAGUUUGAAGUUGUGUUUGUUUCUAUGGACAGAGAUGAGGCAGGAUUCUUGCAAUACUUCUCUGGCAUGCCAUGGCUUGCAUUGCCCUACGGCGAAGAGUCUUCAAAAGCACUAGCUCGGUAUUUCGAUAUCCAAGAGAUUCCUAUGCUUGUUAUAAUAGGCCCUGACGGGAAAACAGUCACAAAGGGAGGAAGGAACCUAAUAAACCUGCAUAUGGAAAUGGCAUAUCCAUUCACCGAAGCUCACAUUAGGUUGCUCCAAGAAAAAAUGGAUGAAGAAGCUCAGCGAUACCCAACUUCUUUCAAACAUGACGGUCACCGUCACGUACUUAAUUUGGUUUCAGAGAAAUCAGGAGGUGGCCCUUACAUAUGCUGUGCAUGUGAUGAGCAGGGCUUGGGUUGGGCAUACCAAUGCCUCGCAUGUGGGUAUGAGAUACAUCUUAAAUGCGGCCGUGAGGUUAAGGAAGACACAGGAGACAGAUGCUGAUGGCUCUUCUUGUUCUCUGGGUGCAGGUAGGCAGUAGAUGAACUUUGAUAAGUAGGUGCUGAUCAUGUCUUUCUACUAGUGGAAAGCUUGGUUGUAUAAAAUAUCAAAGUUAGACAAGUUCUGAUGAUUAAUUGGGCAAAGGAGAUGGAUGGCAUGGUAGGGAAUCAGAAUCAUAGGUCCUUUGAACCUAGUAAUACCCUUAAGCAUGAACAGUAGUAUCAUUUUUGUCUCUUAGUAUGUGUGUCUGGUGUUUCCUAUGCUGGUUUUGUUUUGUUAGUGCCAUGAUCUGUCCCUACUCACCAUACUGUACCUGAGAAUGUGCUGAUCGACGGUCGACGGCGACGACGUAGUUCCUGUUCCUGUUGACAUUAGAAUAUCGAUUAUUAAGUUUCCAGAUUUGUUUAUUUCUUCAUUGCAUGCUCAAUAUGUUAUACGCGAAAUGUAAUUGUGUUUUGAAACUGCUGUAGAAUACGGGAAGUAAACUGUAAUUUAGAUUUUUGGUUGACCUCUA